AAAAUAAUCAAUGCAAAUAUUAAAUAAAUAAUAAAUAUGAUUCGAGGAUAUGUAUCCAGACGGUAUAUUAUUAUUUGUAAUGGCGAAAUAUGCUUACAAUUUUUGUUUACAAAAAAACGAUUAUUAUUAAAGAACCCACUGAUAAAAUACUAUAUAAAGUAGGUUUAAGGCUUUAAUUAAACACAUGGUAAUUCAUCAGUGUUAAAGGUAGUAUUAUCAUAAGUUUAAGUGGAAAUAUAUUUAUAUUAAAUAUGACAAUAAAAAUAAUCGUAUAUUUUUUAAUAUUAAGUGUUCUAUAUUUAGAAAGUCUCAGUGAUUGUGAGUGCCAAGAAAGUAUAACUUCAGUAAGUGGACGAUAUUCUCCGAAAAGAAAAAUUUGUUCCGGUGAUUUAAUAUUUGAAGAAAAUUUUGAUUUAUUGAGGCUAGAUAUAUGGAAACAUGAACAGACUCUUGGGGGUGGAAGCGGUAACAAUCAAUUCCAAUGGUAUACAAAUAACAGAAGUAAUACGUAUGUUGAAGAUGGAAUUCUACAUAUAAGACCUACUCUUUUGGCAGACGAAAGAGGAGAGGAUUUUUUAUAUAACGGAACUAUAGAUAUCAAUGGCGAUAAACCCACAGAUUCUUGUACCAACUCACGUUAUGACGGCUGUGUAAGAACAGGAACAAAAGAUAUUAUAUUAAAUCCAAUCAAAAGUGCUCGGAUGCAUACUGCAGAAUCUUUUGCAUUUAAAUUCGGGAAAGUGGAAGCAAGAGCUAAAGCACCUAUUGGAGACUGGCUGUGGCCUGCCAUUUGGAUGAUGCCAAGAUGGAACAAAUAUUCAUCAUGGCCAGCGUCAGGAGAAAUAGAUAUAAUGGAAAGCCGAGGUAAUAGACAAUUCUUUAAAAACAAAAUCAACAUAGGCGUUGAACAAGUGAGCUCCACCUUACAUUGGGGUCCAAACGCUAAUUAUAACCGCUACAAUUACACAACGUUCCAAAAAAAUGACGACAAUCCCAAUGGAUGGCACCAAGAUUUCCAUAGAUACCAAUUGGAAUGGCGACCAGAAAAUAUAUCAUUUUUAAUUGAUGACGAAUACGUAGGGACUGUUACUCCACCAGAAGGUGGAUUUUGGGAAUUAGGACAACUUAAUGCAACUGGAUUAGAAAAUCCUUGGAAACAUGGAACAAAAAUGGCACCAUUCGACGACGAAUUUUAUUUCAUCCUAAACGUUGCAAUUGGAGGCACAUCUUUUUUCUCCGAUAUGGCGGAAAACAAGCCGAAUCAUAAACCAUGGAAAAACUUUGACGGGAGAGCCAGCAUGACCGAGUUUUGGAAAGCGAAAGAACAAUGGCUACCAACUUGGGAUGUUAAGUCAGAUGAUAGUCAUAUGCAAGUUGAUUAUAUAAAAGUAACAGCAUUAUAGAGUCGUUUUUUAAAUAAAUCAGAUAUAUUUAUUUAGUUUGUCAAUUAUUUGUUAAUGUUAUUUCAA